AUGCCUUCGCGACGCCGCCUCGUGGGCUACGCGGGCAGCGACGCCACAUCUGGUUCAGACACUCUGGAGUGUUUUCCAGUCUGCGGUGGCGACAAUUCGUGUCGCAAUCUGGGAUGGUGGGUGAAGCACAGAGCCACGGACGAGUGUCCUGGGUGCGGGUCUCUUCGCAGUAACAAGCUGCAGAAGGCAGACCUCAAUCGACAGCAGGUCAACACAGCUUCCACUUGUGCAGCCUGCACGCAGAGUCGGUACGUCGUGCCGCAGGCGAGCGCCAUCCCGCUUGCACUGCAGGGGCUCCCGUCGGAGGUGAUUUUUGCUCUGCGUCCCUGUGUCUUGCACCAAGGCGACGUGCACUGGUCGUCUGCUCAGGGCUAUCGCUACACCACUGAAAUAUCUGGCAUAUCCUGGGCCGCCACGUCGGUGGAAUCGAGAGUGCGAGACGUCAGUGAGGAAUACAGAGACAUGGCAGCGAGGGCAUUGACAUUUUUGGAGAACUCUUCCGAUCGGACCGUCUGGAGAAAACUGCGAGCAGAGCACCAGGGUUGGCUGAAGCGCAAGGAUGGCAAGCGCACAUGGGGCUGGAGUGCGCUAUUCCGUCCAGCUCUUGAAUGCUGCCUCUGGCCGCACCUGUACCCCGAUUCCUGGGCCGAUUGCCCCGCGGAACAGGCUGCGGACGAUGAAGCUCCAGAGGAUGAUGAGGACGAACACGGUCGCAGCAAGUGGUCGUCCAAGCGCUCCUUCGCUGUCAAAGCGCUGGGGCCAGUGCUCGACUACGCUGCGGACCUGAGCUUGGCCACGUUCGUGUACGACCGGUGGUUCCUGCGCACCUUCACUGGAGCUGGAAGCGCCACUGGUCUCACGUUGCACCGUGCGCUCGCGGGGAAGUGCCUGGGCAACGCCUGGCUGGCACGCCUCCGAUCUGCCAUGUGCGACCUCCACCGUCAGUAUGGCCACGCUGAUUACUUCUGUACUCUGGCGCCGUACGAGGUGGUGACGCCAUUGUCGGAGGCGGUGCUGGCCAGCUUGGCUUCUUCGGGGCGGCACCCCCGCACGCUGUGCGCCGUGGCGCUGCAACACAUUCUGCAUGCCGCCGUGGAGCUGGUGCAGCGGUACUGGCUGGGGCACGACGCGCAUCACUGGCCCACCCAUGUCUUUGGCAACAAGUUCCAGACGAAGGACAAGAAUGUUGUCGCGUGGGCCAUGCGCCAGGAGCUGCAGACGGGAGCCCGCUGCGCGCAGCAGGCCGCUCGCGUAGAGCGGCCCGAGCGCGCGCAGAGCUACCAUGGCCGCCAGGGCGUUCACUGGCACCUGGUGAUCUGGGUGCAAAGCCGUGCGGCCACGUGCUUCUCCAAUUACGUUCGUGCUGACCUUGGCGGUUGUCCUCGCGUGCAAGCAAUUGCCAGACGAGUGCAGAGCAGCAACUAUCCGUUGUACUCCGUGCCUCGGGACUUGCCACCGUGCGUGGUGCGUGGGCCUCCCCAUGCACCUGCUGCAGUUGCUACGCUGUUUCGAUAUCCACAGGAGGCGGUGCAGAGAGGGACGCGGGCAGCUGAACAACGCCUGCUGUGCGCAUUUCCUGCGCACCAGGAUGUUCAGGAAGUGCGGAGCCCGACGGACGUGGCGGCAUACAUGACAAAGAUGGCUUCUUAUGUGACCAAGGCCGCCUACGCACACGGAGAUGUUUUAUUGCGCAGAGAUGACAAGUAUUUACACCAGGCCCGUGUGUAUCUCAAACACGCCCGUCCUGCCGAAUCGCUGCUUUGGGCCACGUUGCUGGGGCAUCGCGGGAAGCUUCUCAGCCAUGACGUCAAAGCCAUCGACCCGCCCACGUUCGCUUCUGCUGGAGACCACGCUGUCUUUCAGAAGUUUCUGGGGAGCCCUUACAGAGAUACCUAUCCAACUUUCAUUGGCUGGCUUCGGCGGGUGCGCCAUACCUUGCCAGAGCCCAGGCCCUAUGUCGCCAACACGAAGAUCGCGGUGGCCAUGAACUUCUGCAGCCUCUGGCGUGGCCCUGACUUCUGGCAACAGUGGCUCUUGUCUUUCACUUCUGGCUUCGCCACUGUGCAUGACUUGUGGCAUGCCAGGUAUCGUGCUCUGCCGACUCAUCUCCGGCAUUUUGCAUAUUGCCUGCAUUAUCAUGCCGAUGUCUGGGACACCUCUGCAGGCGCACGCCGUGAACUGGAGACACUCGGAUACUCGGGAUCGCAGCUCCGCAACGCUGAGUUACACAUCGACACGCUUCGAGAAGGUGUUGCGGCCUGGUUGAAGAACGGCUGGACGCAAGCGGCCGCGGCAGAGCAACAGCCCGUGCACGUGAUGGCCCAGCUCACUCUGAACCAGGGGCAGCAAGAGAUUGUCAACAGGGUUUCGGUGCAGUUUGUUGUGAGAGCCUCUGAAGAAGAGGAUCUCGCUUGCAGGCGAGCUGUCUGCGCGAGGGGCCCCGCUGGCACGGGGAAGACGGCAGCACUGCACAGAGUCAUCUGUGAGAGCCUCGGGCGCCAAGAAAGAGUAGCAAUUGCGAGCUUCACUGCUUUCGUCGCUGAUAGCUUUCGGAGGCAGUUCCCUGGAGCCACGUGCGACACGCUGCAUGGACUGCUGAACGUGGGCCCUGUCGCGCACAGCCCUAUGGAGAUGGGAGUGGGCCUUCUCUCGUACGAUCUUAUCGUUGUCGACGAGGUAUGCAUGCUUCCGCGCUGGCUCUUUGAUGCUCUCUUCUCUGCGUGGAAUGCUAUCGACAGAUUGCCUGUGCUCCUGGUCGCUGGAGAUGAUGGCCAACUGGCGCCCUUUACCGACAGUGGCGGUACUUCGGCUGGCAACGAGAACUCUCCGCACUGGCGCCUGGUCGACACGGUGACACUCACCGAACCCAUGCGUGCAAAUUCCACUCUCUGGCCUGUCUUGGUGCACUUGCGUUGCGUCUGGCCUCUGGGACACGACUUCCUCAAGAAGUUGCUUCACGGACGCGUCUGGCACAGAGGGCCCCUGACGGCACAGUGCAUGAGAGACCUCUUUCAGGCCAACCCUACCACGGUCCUGGUGUGCAUCGGGCGGAAACAGGCUACCAAGCUGAAUGCCUUGUGCCAGAGCGCGCUGCUUCCGUCGCACGAGAUCCUCAAGACAGUCCUGAUUGAGGAAGGUGAGACUCCGCAGGCCGUGCCUCUUCAGAACGGCUUGCCUGUCAGGCUCACUAGAAAUGUGCAGAAGCGCCGCGGCCUCAUCAAUGGAACUGCAGCAACGGUGCGCGGCGUCAGUGAUCGCACGGUUCUCUUGCAGGUCGGCGAGAGUGUCGAGCACGUUCGGCUCUACGUGGAGAAGGGCCGCCGCUUCUUUCCCAUUGCCCGAGCUUUCGCAGACACGUUGGCGAAACGUCAAGGCAGCACCCUGCCUCACAUUACCAUUUCGCCUGAUGUAGACUACGUGCCUGCCGCUGCCUAUGUAUGCAUUAGCCGAGUGAGAGACAUUGAUGAUUUCCUCUUUCUCGUCCGGCCGCGGCUUGAAUUCUUCCUGCCAGCCGCAUCGUGCCAAUAA